UUUAUUUUUGCGAUAAGCUGUGAUUUUUUCGCAAUCGCACGCCCAGCCUUCUGUUUCCCACCUGUCUCUCGUCUCCCAACCACUCCGGGGAAAAAAAUUUCUCUCCAACCCAGAUUUUACCCCUCCUGUCAAUUCUCAGGAAAAAAUCAAUUGAAUCUCUUCGCCCGCCCGCAUCUCUCAUCAUGGGCAAGACCAAAGACACCAAGGCCGUCAAGGCCAAGGAGACCCCCGCGAAGGCUGCUGCUGCGCCGGUCAAGGCGGCUCCCACCAAGGUCGGGAAACCCGCUGCUAAGUCGGCCAAGGACAUCGCCAAGAAUGUCGCUUCCGCCAAGGAGAAGACUGUCUCCAAGAAGUCCAAGAAGGUCGAGUCCGAGUCGGAGAGCGACUCCGAAUCGGACAGCGAUGCCGAGUCCGAGAGCGAGGCUCAGUCAGAGAGUGAGGCUGAGUCGGAGAGCGACUCGGAGUCUAAAACCGAGUCUGAAGCGGGCGCCAGCAGCUCCGACGAAGAGGACGAGGAGGAGGAGUCUAGCGACUCUGACUCGGAGUCAGAGUCCGAGGCCGAGUCGGACGUUGAGAUGACCGAUGCUAAGCCUGAGCCGAAGGCCGCCGUGACCAACGGCAAGGCCAAGCUUAAUGGUGCUGCUAAGGAGAGCUCCGACUCCUCUGGCUCCGAGUCCUCCGACUCCGAGUCUGAGUCGGACGAGGAAGAGGAGGAUGAGGAGGAGGAGAAGCCUGUCAAGGCCGCCAAGGCGGUCAACGGCAAGGCGAAGAAGGUCGAGUCCGAAUCCGAGGAAUCCGAGGUUGGUUCCGAGGACGACGAGGACGAAGAUGAAGACGAGGACGAGGACGAGUCGAGCGAGUCCGACUCUGACGAUUCGGACUCGUCGGAGGAGGAAUCCGAAGAGUCUGAGUCGGCUGAGGAGAAGCCGGCCGUGGCUGAGAAGCCCUCGAAGAAGAGAAAGGCCGAGGCCGAGCCCGAGGCUGCCGCGGCCUCGACCAAGAAGAACAAGGCUUCUGCCGAUGGUGAGGCUUCCGAAAAGAGCGCUACGCUCUUCGUUGGCAACCUCGGCUGGGGCGUCGACGACAACGCCCUGUACGAGGAGUUCCAGAACAACGAGGGCGUCACCGGCGCUCGCGUCGUUACUGACAAGGACUCCGGCCGUUCGCGCGGCUUCGGCUAUGUCGACUUCGAGACCCCCGAGGCUGCUGAGAAGGCUUACAACGACAAGAACGGGGCCUUCCUCCAGGGCCGUGAGAUGCGCCUCGACUUCGCUGCGAAGCCCAGCGCCGACUCCACCCCGAAUGCUCGUGCGGCUGAGCGUGCCCGGAAGCACGGCGACGUCAUCAGCCCCGAGAGCGACACCCUCUUUGUCGGCAAUCUGUCUUUUAGCGCCAACGAGGAGUCGGUCUCGGCCUUCUUCAACAAGGUCGCCAAGGUCCAGAGCCUGCGGAUUCCGACCGACCAGGAGUCUGGUCGUCCCAAGGGGUUUGCCUACGUGACUUUCUCCUCGGUCGAUGAUGCCAAGGCUGCCUUCGAGGCUCUCAACGGCUCCGAUCUUGAUGGCAGACCCGUCCGUUUGGACUUCGCCAAGCCCCGUGACAACAACGGCGGCGGUGGUUUCGGUGGCGGUCGCGGCGGCCGUGGUGGCGGCCGCGGUGGCUUCGGUGGCCGCGGCGGUGGUCGUGGCGGUGGUGGCCGCGGUGGUGGCCGCGGUGGUGGACGUGGCGGGUUCGGCGGGAACCGGGGCGGCGGCGGUUUCCAGGGAAAGAAGAUCACUUUCUAAGCAAGUGACUUCAUAUGACACAGCCGCACACGAGGGAUCACUACGAGGG